GGUCGCGGAGCAGGAGCUGAGGAGGUGAAGCGUCUGGGUUCUGUGGAGACCUCCGUGCUUGCACCUCGCCGCAGCCACCGCCGCCGAGGGAGCGGCCGCCUAUUGUCCUUUUCCGCGGCCAAGGCGCGGAGCUGCUCCGACUCGGCACGCGGGGAAGCCCCGGGAGCCGCAAGUGUCCUGGGUCAUGAAACUUAAUCCACAACAAGCUCCAUUAUAUGGCGAUUGUGUUGUUUCAGUACUGCUUGCAGAAGAGGACAAAGUUGAAGAUGAUGUAGUUUUUUACCUGGUAUUUUCAGGUUCCACACUCCAUCACUGCACAAGUACCCGGAAGGUCAAUUCUGAUACAUUGGAGACCAUUGUUCCUGGUCAUAACUGCUGUGAGACCGUGAAGGUACUGCUCUGUGCUUCCAAAGAGGGCCUUCCUGUGUUUGUAGUAGCUGAAGAAGACUUCUGUUUCAUCCAGGAUGAGGCCUAUGAUGCUGCUCAAUUCCUGGCAACCAGUGCUGGAAAUCAGCAGGCUCUGAACUUCACUCGUUUUCUCGACCGAUCAGGACCCCCUUCUGGGGAUGUGAAUUCUCUUGAUGAGAAGGUUGCACUGGCAUUCAGACACCUGAAACUACCAGCAGAGUGGAAUGUGUUAGGGGCAGACCACACUUUGCAUGAUGGUGGCCCUCGAGAGACAUUGAUGCAUUUUGCUGUGCGGCUGGGACUGCUGCGGUUGACAUGGUUCCUGUUGCAGAAGCCUGGUGGCCGUGGAGCUCUCAGCAUCCACAACCGGGAAGGGGCAACGCCUGUAAGCCUGGCCUUGGAACGAGGUUAUCACAAACUUCACCAGCUUCUAACUGAGGAGAAUGCUGGCGAACCAGACUCCUGGAGCAGUUUAUCCUAUGAAAUCCCUUAUGGAGACUGUUCUGUGAGGCAUCAUCGAGAAUUGGACAUCUAUACAUUGACUUCUGAAUCUGAAUCGCAUCAUGAACCUCAAUUUCAUGGUGACAGUUGCACUGGACAUAUUUUUAAACUUAUGACUAUCCAACAGCAACUAAUGAAAACAAACAUCAAGCAGAUGGACAAUCUUAUGCCCCUGAUGGUGACAACACAAGAGUCUGCUUGUCUGCCCAGUGCCCCAGAGACGGGUGGCCAAUCCCUACCCUGUGCAUCAGAGCCUUUGGACAGUCAGCAGCUUUCUUCUGAAGAGGCUACGAGUACUCCAUGCUGCCAAGGGAGCUCUGUGGGGCAGUUUGAAAGUUCCUGUGAUUUGUCAAGUGUGGUUGAGGAAGAGAAUGCAGUCUGUUCUCAUAAGAAGAAAAAUAAAGGCGUGGAGAGAAAAGGGGAAGAGGUGGAGCCAGCAUCUAUUGUGGACUCUGGAUCUAUAUCUUACCAAAACAGCUGUCUUCAGAGCAUUCCUGACUGUGGAGUAAAGGGCACAGAAGGCCUUCCGUCCUGUGGAAACAGAAAUGAGGAAACUGGAACAAAAUCUUCCAGAGUGACUACAGAUCAAGAAUCACUGAGCAAUGGGGGCAGUGUGCUACAGGGAGACAUGGUAACAGAGCCAGGUGCAUGCCAGCUUUCUUCUGGAAAGGAGGUAGCAGACAGUUCAUCAACAGGUGCUAGUGCCCCAGAGAGUGCAGGGAAACUGGAACAUAGUCAAAUGAACCCAGAUGCUACUAUCCAAAACAAUAAACAUCAAGUAGGAGAAAGUACAAAGGAAGGAUUUGAGAAUUCUAAUAUUAGCACAUCUGGGGCAUAUGAUGUUCAAGUUGUUUGUGAACCUGUGGACAAAGCCAGUAUGCUUAACAAUGUCUCUGCCGCCAGGGCCCUGGGUGCCAACAAGCCUGCUGAGUCGUCACUUGAAUUAAGUCCUGGGAAAAUCCUCACUGAAAAAAUAGGAAUGGAAACUCAGAAGAGAAGCUGUGAGGACAGAACUGAUGCUAUAGUUGAUCAGAACUCUCUGGUAUCUCCGACUGCUGCAGAAGACAUGACUUCAGACGGACCAGAACCUGACACUCCCCUAGCAGGACAAUGUGAGGCACCAGCACCCUUGGAUUUAACCUUUUCUAGGAUAAAACCAGAUGGGAUGCCAAACCAAGAAUUAGGAUCAAAUUCAUGGCAAGCUCAAAGCCAAAGCAGCCAGUCACGGCUUUGUUCUACAGCUGGGGUGGGUAUAUUUUGUGCUGAGUCUACAGGUCAACAGAACAUAGUGACUUCCGAUGGUGAGCUGGUUGUAAAACAUUGCAGUGACUUAAUUAGCCUGCCUGAAAGCACAAUACAGCAGCCAAACAGAAAAGAUCUGUGCACUGCCCUCUUCCUGGAGGACCCACAAACUGACACAGUCACUUCUGAUGCUGUGAUAAAUACCCAGGAAUGUGUAGAUUUUUGUCCUCUCAAUGUUUUAGAUACAAAGGACCAAAGAAAAUAUUUGAAACAAGAUACACCUCUAACAAAUAUGUUUGAGAAUGUUUCACAUCUCCCUCCAGUUGUCCCUCAAACUGAGAAAAGACUAGUGCCAGACCAGGCAGUCCCACCAGGCAGCACUUUCUCUCUGGCAGGCAGUCCAGGCAGUGAAUCAGUAACCAAAGAUGACGCACUUUCUCUUGUCCCCUCCCAGAAAGAAAAAGGAACAGCAACUCACCAGCUACAUAGAACUAUAGCUUGUAGAGAUGGCCCAGCUGGAGGAGAUUUGAAUGAUUCUGAUAAACUACAAGACGGGGUGACCAUCCUGUCCACACCUUCUGCUCCUAUAGAGCUUCAGCUGAGCAUGGGGAAUAUCAGUCCCACAGGCCUUGGUGGAGAACAUGAGGGUCCUGGCCCAGCAACUCCUGAAGUUCUGACUGACUCUUCUCAGCCAAGUACGGAUAAAGCUGUUUUGGCCUCUGACUCAGUUCUGCCUGAAGAAGGGAAAAAUCUGGUAGCUCUAGAAAGCUCUGCAGUUCAGGAACAAGAUGACAAGAAUAAAGCAGUGCUGUGUUCUUUCAAUAAGGAAGACAGGCUUUCUUCAGAAAUGUCAGGGGAAGACCAGAGACCAUCACCUUCUGGGCAAGAGACACCAGAAUUGUGUGAAAAAUCUGUCUUAGCUGUCUGUGCAGAGGACAAUGCACUGCAACAGAGUAAUUCACCCGACACGCCCUCUGCCUGUCUAAAGACUGAAACUAAGCAUAAGGAGGAAGUGGCCUCUCAAGUCUCCCUGCUGACUGAAGGUGGGGUUGUGCAGAGCCUGGUACCACCAGGAGCAAGAUUGGCUGCAAGUGCAAGGCAGGAAGCCUCGGGUGCAGAGCAGAACAGCUCAUCUCUGUUGCCAGGUUCACCGCAGAAUGUAUCUGAGGCUUUUAAUUGCAAUCAGCGUUUCACUUUGGAUGUUGGAGUGAAGACCUCUGAAUUUCAAGGGAAAACUAAUGCUUGUGAGGUAAAUGGAAAUGUGAUGGUGGAUACUGUAGUGGUUAAUGCUCUGCAAGGUCCUCCAGAGCCCAGAAGAAAGGACACAACACAUUACACCAGAGACAUUCCAGUUUCAGAGUGUUUGUUGAACCAGAAGAUGCAUAUGACUCCAAGUCUGUCAGAAGCUUUACCAGACAAAGGUGUGGCUGGUUUACGGGGAGCUGCAACCCCAGAGAUGGUACCUCUUGAUUGUAAGAGAGGGAAGCUGAAAGGAGCAGAGCUCAGCCCUGCCCUGGGUAACUCCAAGGAGGUGCCACUGGAUGAAGAGAUACUGCAGCCUCUUGCCAGAGACCUCCCUACAGAGACAGGGUUCCCAGCUCUUGAUGAUAGUGGUCUCCCAACUGACAUGAAGGAAGUCACACAGGCAUCAGGCCCAGGAGAGAAAAGCAGUGCUACCUUUCCAUCUUGCAUGGUCCCAACCCAAGCUGCACAUAUGCCUAUCGGAGCAGACCCAAUAGAAGAGACUGCCAUUCGUAUAGUGGAAGCUGUCAUUGAGCAGGUCAAGGCCUCCAGAGUACUGGUAAUCAAAGGAGAAAUCAGUAAUAUAUCACUGCCCAGUCCUGACUCAGACCUUCAGACUAAGCAGGUCCAGAAUGUUUCUACAGAGAAAAUAAGUCCUUUCUCACCUGGGGAGACACCGAAGAUGAAUAGUACUCAAGAAGCCUCUGGGAACCUUGAAGAAUGUAUUGUUGGAAGGGAAGAACCUGGGAAAAUUAUUCUGCCUAUCCACACGCCUGAGCCAGCAGCAGAAAUGCCAGACACUAAAGCUGAAGAUGAAGUGGGUUUUCUGAUUAAGACCAGCCCUCCUUCUGAGGAGGUGGCUGUAGAAAGUGGAUCUACUAUACCUCAGAUGAAGCAAGGCCCGGAGACCCAGGCGAUAAACCAAGAAAGCUGGUGUGCCAUAGAACCAUGCCCUGAUGCAGCAUCUCUUUUGGCUUCCAAACAGGGAUCAGAAUGUGAGAACUUCUUAGAUGUUGGACUGGGUGCAGAGUGUACCUCAAAACACAGUGUGCUUCAGAGAGAAUCUGGGAGUGAUUCUGACCUCUUUCAUUCACCCAGUGAUGAAAUGGAUGGCCUCAUCUUCCCAAAGACCGAGGAAGAGCAGCUGGUCUGUGAUAACACAGGAUCCAGUUCAACUGAUGACACAGCUUCCCUGGAUCGGCAUUCUUCUCAUGGAAGCAAUGUGUCCCUGCCUCAGAUUGCAAAGUUAAAAAGGGCCAGGGAUCACCAGAGCUCUGAUGGCUUCUAUAGCCAUGGGGUGGGACCUGAGACUCGAGAGGUUGAGAGUGAGCCUGCUGUUUCCGGUGAGAUGGAAGAGGAGGAGAUGGACAGCAUCACUGAAGUGCCUGCCAAUUGCUCAGUCCUGCGGAGCUCCAUGCGCUCUCUGUCCCCUUUCCGGAGACACAGCUGGGGACCCGGGAAGAAUGCAGCCAGUGAUGGAGAAAUGAACCAGCGGAGUUCAAUGCGAGUUCUUGGGGAUGUUGUCAGGAGACCUCCCAUUCAUAGGAGAAGUAUGAGCUGGUGUCCCUCUGGUGUACAAUACUCGGCUGCCCUGAAUGCUGACUUUAAUUUAAGAAGUUUCAGCCUGGAAGGCUUGACAGGAGGAGCUGGUGUUGGAAACAAGCCAUCCUCAUCUCUAGACGUGAACUCUACAAACUCCAAAGAUCUUAGACAUCCUUUCAGUAGUAAGGAACGGAGAGACUCUUUAGUGUCACUAUCAGAAGAGCAUCUGGAGUCAGAACGGAGACAGUGUCAUAGGAUGUUUGGUCAACAGACAUAUCAUCGCUCUAAACAACAGGGAUUUAAUUACUGUACAUCAGCCAUUUCUUCUCCAUUGACAAAAUCCAUCUCAUUAAUGACAAUCAGCCAUCCUGGAUUGGACAAUUCACAGCCCUUCCACAAUACCAAUGUUAAUCUGACGGAGAGUAUAACAGAAGAGAACUAUAAUUUCCUGCCACAGAGCCCUUCCAAAAAGGAUUUUGAAGGAAAGAGUGGAACAAAAGUUAGUCGGACCUUCAGCUACAUCAAGAAUAAAAUGUCCAGCAGUAAGAAGAGCAAAGAAAAGGAAAAGGAAAAAGACAAAAUUAAGGAAAAAGAGAAAGAUUGUAAAGACAAGGAGAAAGAUAAGAAGACUGUUAAUGGUCACACUUUCAGUUCCAUUCCUGUUGUGGGUCCCAUCAGCUGCAGCCAGUGUAUGAAGCCGUUCAUGAACAAAGACGCCUACACUUGUGCAAAUUGCAGUGCUUUUGUCCAUAAAGGCUGCAGAGAAAAUCUGGCCUCCUGUGCAAAGGUCAAACUGAAGCAACCCAAAGGGAGCCUACAGGCACAUGACACAUCAUCACUACCUACAGUCAUCAUGAGAAAUAAAUCUUCACAGCCCAAGGAGCGCCCUAGAUCUGCAGUCCUUUUGGCCGAUGAAGCCACUACUGCCCCAAUGUUUACUAAUAGGCGGUCCCAGCAGACUGUCUCUCUCUCCAAAAGUGUCUCUAUACAGAACAUUACUGGAGUUGGCAAUGAUGAGAACAUGUCAAACACCUGGAAAUUUCUGUCUCAUUCAACAGACUCCCUGAAUAAAAUCUGCAAGGUCAAUGAGUCAACAGAAUCACUUACAGAUGAGGGAGUAGGUACAGACAUGAAUGAAGGACAGCUGAUGGGAGACUUUGAGACUGAUUCUAAACAGCUGGAAGCAGAGUCCUGGACUCAGAUAGUGGACAGCAAGUUUCUAAAACAGCAGAAGAAAGAAAUGGUCAAACGUCAGGAAGUGAUUUAUGAGCUGAUGCAGACAGAGUUACAUCACAUCCGCACGCUCAAGAUCAUGAGUGAUGUGUACAGCCGGGGGAUGAUGACGGAUCUGCUCUUCGAGCAGCAGAUGGUGGAAAAGCUGUUCCCCUGUUUGGAUGAACUGAUCAGUAUCCACAGCCAGUUCUUCCAGAGAAUCCUGGAGCGGAAGAAGGAGUCUCUGGUGGAAAAAAGUGAAAAGAACUUUCUCAUCAAGAGGAUAGGGGAUGUGCUUGUCAAUCAGUUUUCAGGUGAGAAUGCAGAACGCUUAAAGAAGACAUACGGCAAGUUUUGUGGACAGCACAAUCAGUCUGUCAACUACUUCAAAGACCUCUAUACAAAGGAUAAGCGUUUCCAGGCCUUUGUGAAGAAGAAGAUGAGCAGUUCAGUAGUAAGGAGGCUCGGAAUUCCAGAGUGCAUAUUACUUGUAACCCAGAGGAUCACCAAGUACCCAGUUUUAUUCCAAAGGCUAUUGCAGUGUACCAAAGACAAUGAAGUGGAGCAAGAAGACCUAACUCAGUCCUUAAGCCUAGUGAAGGAUGUGAUUGGAGUUGUGGACAGCAAAGUGGCAAGUUACGAGAAGAAAGUACGUCUUGGUGAGAUUUACACAAAGACUGACAGCAAGUCAAUCAUGAGGAUGAAGAGUGGGCAGAUGUUUGCCAAGGAGGAUUUGAAACGGAAGAAGCUGGUGCGGGAUGGGAGUGUGUUUCUCAAAAGUACAACAGGAAGGUUGAAAGAGGUUCAAGCAGUUCUACUCACUGACAUUUUAGUUUUCCUUCAAGAAAAAGACCAGAAAUAUGUAUUUGCAUCAUUGGACCAUAAAUCAACAGUAAUCUCCUUAAAGAAGCUGAUUGUAAGAGAAGUGGCACAUGAGGAGAAAGGUCUGUUCCUUAUCAGUAUGGGGGUGAAAGAUCCAGAGAUGGUAGAGGUCCACGCCAGCUCUAAAGAGGAAAGGAACAGCUGGAUUCAGAUUAUUCAAGAUACAAUCAACACUUUGAACCGAGAUGAAGAUGAAGGGAUUCCUAGUGAGAAUGAGGAAGAAAAGAAAAUGUUGGACACCAAAGCACGAGAGUUAAAAGAACAACUCCAGCAGAAGGACCAGCAGAUCCUUCUCCUACUGGAAGAGAAGGAAAUGAUUUUCCGGGACAUGACUGAGUGCAGCACUCCAUUGCCUGAGGAUUGCUCCCCAACUCACAGCCCAAGAGCCCUUUUCCGCUCCAACACAGAGGAGGCUCUCAAAGGAGGACCUUUAAUGAAAAGUGCCAUAAAUGAGGUGGAGAUCCUUCAGGGUUUGGUGAGUGGAAGUCUGGGUGGCACACUUGGGCAGGCCAUCAGCAGCCCCAUUGAGCAAGAAGUCAUGGCUGGCCCCAUUUCUUUGCCCCGGAGAGCAGAGACCUUUGGAGGAUUUGACAGCCAUCAGAUGAAUGCUUCCAAAGGAGGUGGUGAGAAAGAAGAAGGUGAUGAUAGCCAAGAUCUUAGGAGAACAGAAUCGGAUAGUGGUCUUAAAAAGGGUGGAAAUGCUAACCUGGUAUUUAUGCUUAAAAGAAACAGUGAGCAGGUUUUCCAGAGCAUUGUUCAUCUUCACGAGCUCCUUAGCACAUUGCAGGGUGUUGUACUACAGCAAGAUACCUACAUCGAGGACCAGAAGCUGGUGCUAACUGAGAAGGCACUCACAAGGAGUACAUCCCGCCCCAGCUCCCUCAUUGAGCAGGAGAAGCAGCGGAGCCUAGAAAAGCAGCGCCAGGACCUGGCCAACUUGCAAAAGCAGCAGGCACAGCACCUGGAAGAGAAGCGUCGGCAUGAGCGAGAGUGGGAGGCCCGUGAGCGGGAGCUACAAGAACGGGAGGCAAAGCUGGCCGAGCGGGAGGAGAUGGUGCGCCUUGGGCAGCAGGACCUGGAGAAGGACCGAGAAGAGCUCCAGCAGAAGAAGGGCACCUACCAGUGUGACUUGGAGAGGCUACGGGCCGCCCAGAAACAGCUGGAGAGAGAACAGGAACAGCUGCGGCGGGAUGCAGAGCGGCUUAACCAAAAGCAGAUGGAACAGGACUUUUGCCAGGUUUCACGUCAACAUACCAGGCUGAUGCGGGUCCCAUCCUUCUUACCCAAUCCAGAGGAGUCCUCCUUGCCAUCCACAGCCAAAUCGGGGCCAUUGGACUCAGAACUUUCAGUGUCUCCUAAAAGGAACAGCAUCUCUCGGACACAGAAAGAUAAGGGGCCUUUUCACAUACUAAGUUCAACCAGCCAAACAAAAAUACCAGAGGGGCAGAGCCAGGCCCCUUCCAGCACUUCCACUUCUACCCGCCUUUUUGGGUUAGCUAAGCCAAAGGAAAAGAAGGAGAAAAAAAAGAAGAGCAAAGGAAGCCGUUCUCAGCCUGGUGAUGGUCCUGCAUCAGAAGUAUCAGCAGAGGGCGAAGAGAUCUUCUGCUGACUGGUUAUCUGCGAAGGCACCCACCUCCCAACCCUGACCUUGACCUAGCUGUGGCACCCCAUGCCGCACUCCUGCUGUCCCUUGUGCACAAGUCUCUUACACUGGACGCCCACUGCCUUUCAGCGUCCAGUCCUCCUGGGCUGCCCAGGGUCCUGGACAAGAAGGAUCACUGUCUGUGUGUAAGGGUGGGGAAGGCCACCCAGACUCCACUUCAGCCAUGAUCUGUGACUGCCCAGGACUUGGGUGGGCUGGCCCUACUCAGGGUAUUACACUGAAAGAAGUGGCCCCAGAAGUAGAUGAUAGUUUGGGAAGUGUCAGGAUUCCCUAAAGGCUUAAAGAGUGUUUCCAGAUGAGGUCUGAAACUCUGCUUGGCUUGUAUUUUGGGGAACAUAACCAGAAUCAAAGAGCAAGUGGUGUGGACUUCGUAUCUGUGCAGUGCCCAUCUUCCCGUACAUAUGAGGUACACCAGCAGUGCACACAGUCUAUCCUAGACAUCAGGAAAGCUUAGCCCAAGAGUAAGCACCUGACCACUGCCAGAGGGCAUGUGGAUUUUCAGUAUUUCACCCUGUAGUCUUCUGAGAUUGGGUACCUUGAAACAAUGCUGUGCACACACCACCCCUCUUUGCAUGUGUUCAUUUCAUUUUAGAAGAGAUGACAAACGCUUGUGAAACCAGGAGGUGACUGGAUGCAUACUAAAAGCAUAUAGUCAGCACUGCCUGGAUCUCCACAUCCCAGGCUGAACUAAACAAUAUCUCACUUUAUCCUCAAAUCCAGGAGAAACACACUGCCUCUCCAGGUGCUUGCCUACAUGCUCUGGGCACAGAGGAAGAAGGCUUCCUCACCACUAUCCCUCCAAUAUGACACUUUCUGGUGUCACUGGGCCACCCUGUGAGAGAGCAUGCACCCUGUUGUUGUGCACAGCCCCCUACCCAGGACCAGACUGUGCCCUGAGGCUUCUGUUGUCUUUCCCUGAUCUGGGAUGACUGGCUGAGAAUAGAUUCAGGUGCAGAGGUUAAGCAACCUGUGUAUGGUGGCUUUGCCAGUUUACACAGGCGAGAAACUGGCCCUAAAACAUGACUGGGCAUGCUCUCCUUUGUCAAGAGGCCUCCUGAAAUGUGGUUUUUCAGAUCCAAAGUUCUGUUAUAGAUUAUGUUUUCACAGUGCUGAGUAUUUUCUCUUUUCUCUGUCCUUUCCAUGUGUUUUGGUCUGUGUGUGUUUAAGGCUCUUACCAGCUGGUGUAUGCAGGACAGUUCAUUGGUAAUGUUCCCUCCAAGGCUCACUUGCCUGUCCCUCAGGGUACUCGCUGUGAGGAACAUCCUGAGAGGUCUGUGCUUCACAUGUGGCCUUCAGUUCCUGGUUUUGCCCCUCGAGCAUGGGGCUUUAAACGUAGUUCUGAAAAACAAACCUGUAACUUGGUGCUUGUUGAUGAAUUGCAAGCUGGCCUUGCAGAUGGAGAUAUUUAUCUUUCAGUUUGUUUGAAAGAGGUCUGGUUUUAAAUCUUUAGCCUAAAUUUUUUAAUUUAUUUUGUAUGUUUUGUGUUUUGUUUUAUUUUAUUUUGAAGGUGAACCAGUACUGGCCCAGCAGUUUAAAUUAUCUUUUCAGUGCAGAGAAUCAAGUGUCUGUCUAAGUGCCUGAAGGCCUAGAGGGACGUUGAGAGUUGGGACAGAGGCUAUGCCCUGUGCAUUUUUUCAUAAGGGAUGUGUUCUUUGUUUGAAGAUUUAAAGACUUGCCACGUAUCUGCUACCUUUGCCUAUUUUUGUCAUAGAAACUUGAGAAAUAGCUGAUUUGGGUCUUAAGUCUGGGGUUUUUGUUGUUCUUAUUGUUUUUUGCCUAUUGAAACCCAUGAUAUAGGUCCCAAAAGACUCUCUGUAGCAAGACAUCAGUUGCUUCCUUCCAGUUGCAGUCCAUACAGCUAUUACAGCAGAGUCUGCCACGUUUCAGAGGGCCCACCUUUGGGUUUAGCUGGCUGUCCUUGUCACUGUCUGCUAAUACCCCAGAGGCUGAUGCUCCCCCAGGGAGUCCUUUACUUGCAACCAGCUAUGAUGUGUUUAGCUUGCUUUGGUCAUUUGGUGGUAGCUUUUAAAAACCAUUUGCACUUCUACCCACACCCACUUGAACUGAUUUGGUCAAUUCCAGUUGGAAAAGUUGAGAAUCAGAAGGAACAUAAGCAAUUCCCUAAGCUGCCCAACUUCCUGCAGGAAGAGAACACUUACCAAGAACUGCUUCGCCUGCCUGCACCAUCUGGCUCCCCCUCAGGGGUCUGUUGUGCUUGGGGAAAUGUCUAGGUUGUUGCUGCUGUGCUCUUGCUUCUGACCCUGAGGGUUGCUGUAGCUCUGAGUCUAAAGCCUUGUGUGGGUGUCUCACCUAUGAGAAGUGUGGUUUUCUAGGGAUCAGGAUUGGAUCCUGUACUGUAUAGUGUGCUGUUCCCACACUAAGAGUCUGUUUUUCCAACAAACUAAAGAAACUAAUGCCUGAAAUUAUUCUUAAGAUUUGGGGAGUAGAUAGAAAUUGACCCCAGAUUUACAGAAUCUCGUGAGCUUCCUGGAAUGAUAUUGUAUCUUCUCUCAAAAAUUAUCUCAGUAGUUGUCAUCUAUCUGGGUGACAUGUGCACUUUAAAUGACCUCUCAUCAGCUUCUAUUUUGAGACAAUCAAACCUGUUAACUGUUUUCCUAGAAGAUGUUUUUAAAAUGUAAAAUAUGCUAGUUACCAUAUUUGCCUUUGGCCACCGCUCUCCUCACCUCCAUGAGAGUCACCUACAGGAAGAAGUCCUCACCAAGAUUGUUUUUUGAAAAGGUACGAACUAAAUAUUCUUUCUUAUCCCGUGUCUCAGGGUUAUACCACUGAAGCUGCCCUUGGCUAGUAUUAGUAGCAUCAGUAUUAGUAGUAAGCACAAAAUGUUCAGCCCUUGGGGUUUGGUUGUUCAUUUAUUGGGGAUGGCGUUAGUGUGUGCAGGCUUAGUAAAGGACAGAACCUUGGGCCACAGGCUAGAUAGAGCUUAAGGUCACUCCCCGUAGAAAUACUUGAUGGCUCAUUCUUCUGUCUCUAAGGCUCUUGUGCCCUUGUGGGUUCUCUCUUCCCAAGGCUUUCGAGAUUUUCCUUGGAACUGAAAGUUGACUUUGAGACUGUGUGGCCACUUGUACCCAGAAGACAGUCCUGGGGACUCUUUCCAUAGCCAGAAAGAUGACUUCAAGGUGACCAGACACUGCAGAAGGGUGUCCACCUCCCAUGCCUGGACACCUGGGACAUGGAGCCUUUAGGUGAAGCAGUGACCCUGACUCUCUACCCCUGCCAGCCUGCCUUGUCCCUUCUGCAGAGACCAAGGACAAAAUGGGUUUGGUUCCUUGUUUUUCUUCAUGUAGCUUAACAUUCCUAGUUAAACAGAGCUUUGGAGUCUGCUACCUGCUGGCCAAGUUUGGAAAUGAAAAGUAUUCUAAUGCUGCCAAGGGGGUGGGGGGUUAAGCAUAGACCUUUCCUGCACUCCUCCGUUUUAAUUUGUCAAAAGAUUGACAGGCCGUAAGUUCUCCAUCUCACUAAGGUGUAAGGGUGGGCAGCUGGGAGUACACCCUGCCACAGAAGAAACUUAAGCAGGCACCACCCUUCACAGAGGCACCUCUGCAGGAGGUACAGAACCACGCCUCACAUCUUCCUUGCACUGGCUAUCCCUUGCCUUUGGUUACCACCUGCCAGAAUGGACGUGCCUGGUUGUUUUGCCUUGGGUUUUGUGGGUGUCACCAUGCAGGGUACCUUCCCUUUCAAGGUCUGUACUCUUCAAGAGUUGAGCAUGAUAUACCUAUACCUCUGUUCUGAUUAUUUGUCUCCAGAUGCUGUAUGAACAUUUCUGUACUAAGCCCUCUUAAAAAGAUGGGUUAAAACCCAAGCGCUGUAUAUUAAUUUGUAAUUAUGUAUAAAGUGAAGCAGUUUUUAAAAAACUGUAAAGAUUUUCAGUGUGUUUUCUGGAAAUUUGCCACAACAUACUGGCUCUGUAUUUUAUUUAUCUUCCUUUGUAGUUACUGGCUUCAGACUCUUGUAAAGUCCCCCUCAGACCUUUCAAAAAAAAUAAAUUUCCUUUGAAGUCUUGA